AUGCCUCCUGAGUUGAGAAAGCGCAAGGCACCUGCUGCUGAACCUGCUGCAGCUCCUCCCGCCAAAAAGAAGGGUCCUGUCGCAAAGGUCAUCGCAAAAGUCAAGGAAGCAGUGAGCCCAAAAGCGACCAAGACCGCCAGUGCCACAGGUGCAUCAGUUGGUGAUACCAUCACUCUUGAAGGUUUUGGGGGCGAAAUUGAGACCAAUGACGGCAUCAAGACUACUAUAAAGCAACUUGUUGAGGAGAGCAAGGGUGGUGUUGUGUUAUUUACUUAUCCUAAGGCUUCAACACCCGGCUGCACGACUCAAGCAUGCAUGUUCCGCGACCAAUAUGCUCCCCUUACAGCGACGGGUUUCUCGAUUUUCGGUCUCUCCAAGGACUCGCCAAAGUCCAAUACUACAUUCAAGACCAAGCAAAACCUCCCAUACGCUCUCCUCUGCGAUCCCAGCCAGACCCUCAUUGGAGCUAUAGGCAUGAAGAAGGCAGGUGCUGGUACUACUCGAGGUGUAUUCGUGGUUGAUAAGUCGGGGAAAGUCUUGGCGUCUGAAGCUGGAGGUCCUGGGGCCACGGUUGAGGUUGUAAAGAGGCUAGUGGGAGGCGGUGGUGAUGGGGCCCCCGCUAUUGUCACUGCUCCAGCUGCUUCUGAGCCAAAGUCUGAGGUUGCCACUAAUGGUGUCAAUGGUACUGCCUCCACGGAUGACAAGGCUCAAGCUGAUGUGGCCGACGAAGUUGCUACUACUGCCGCAAAACUUGACAGCAAUGAGCGCAAGGCAAUCGUGGCUUGA